AUGGAAAACAACAUUUUAACGAAACAAUUAGAUCAAUUGAACAAAGAUCACGGCGAGUUGCUACUCAACAACAAGGAAGCUCAGUUUCAACUCACAGAGUCAGUGAACGAGUGCAAAGAUUUAAGAAAAAAGCUAAAUCUGUCGAAUCAAGAGUUUGAGAGGAUGAAGAACGAUCAUGAGGAGAACAUUAGGGAUUUUACGAGCGAAAUUAAGAUUUUGAAGAAGCAAAAUGUGCAUUUGAGUGAGGAGAACCAGAGUUUAGAAGAAAAAUUAAGGGAUUGUAAGCUGCAAAUUGAGGGUUUCAAGAGGAAAAUGGGUUUCAAGAGGAAAAUGAUGAGAUUGGAAGAGGAGAUUGAAGAAAUUAGGAAGAGGAGAUUGAAGAAAUUAGGAAGAGAGAGAAUAAAGUUAUAA